AUGGAGGGCGAGUUUGCAGCCAACUGGAGCGCCGAGGCGGUCAACGCGAGCGCGGCGCCGCCGGGGGCCGAGGGCAACCGCACGGCCGGGGCUCCGCAGCGCAACGAGGCCCUGGCGCGCGUGGAGGUGGCGGUGCUGUGCCUGAUCCUCUUCCUGGCGCUGAGCGGCAACGCCUGCGUGCUCCUGGCGCUGCGCACCACGCGCCACAAGCACUCGCGCCUCUUCUUCUUCAUGAAGCACCUGAGCAUCGCGGACCUGGUGGUGGCGGUGUUCCAGGUGCUGCCGCAGCUGCUGUGGGACAUCACCUACCGCUUCUACGGGCCCGACCUGCUGUGCCGUCUGGUGAAGUACCUGCAGGUGGUGGGCAUGUUCGCCUCCACCUACCUGCUGCUGCUCAUGUCGCUGGACCGCUGCCUGGCCAUCUGCCAGCCGCUGCUCCGCCGCCGCACCGACCGCCUGGCGGUGCUCGCCACGUGGCUGGGCUGCCUGGUGGCCAGCGCGCCGCAGGUGCACAUCUUCUCGCUGCGCGAGGUGGCCGACGGCGUCUUCGACUGCUGGGCCGUCUUCAUCCAGCCCUGGGGACCCAAGGCCUACGUCACGUGGAUCACGCUCGCCGUCUACGUCCUGCCGGUCAUCGUGCUGGCCACCUGCUACGGCCUCAUCAGCUUCAAGAUCUGGCAGAAUCUGCGGCUGAAGACGGCGGCGGCGGCGGCCGAGGUGGCCGAGGGGGCCAAAGGCGAGGCGGCGGGCGGAGGGCGCGCGGCCCUGGCGCGGGUGAGCAGCGUGAAGCUGAUCUCCAAGGCCAAAAUCCGCACGGUCAAGAUGACCUUCAUCAUCGUGCUGGCCUUCAUCGUGUGCUGGACGCCUUUCUUCUUCGUGCAGAUGUGGAGCGUCUGGGACGUGAACGCGCCCAAAGAUGCCUCGGCUUUCAUCAUCGCCAUGCUCCUGGCCAGCCUCAACAGCUGCUGCAACCCCUGGAUCUACAUGCUGUUCACCGGCCACCUCUUCCACGAACUCCUGCAGCGCUUCCUCUGCUGCUCCUCCAGCUACCUGAAGGGCAGCCGGCCCGGGGAGACGAGCACCAGCAAGAAGAGCAACUCAUCCACCUUCGUCCUGAGCCGGCGCAGCUCCAGCCAGAAGAGCUGCUCCCAGCCGUCCACGGUGUGACCGAAUGGCAGGGGCCAGCGUCGGGGCCAGGGCCACCUUCCCAAGCAUGGGUUGUGCAGACUUGGACAGACCGCCCCCUGGCGGCUGUGUACGUAUGUGUAUGUGGCGCUCGGUUUUGUCCCUCCACACCUGGGGGUGGUUGAGCAGGUCGGGUGCUCUGACAUGGGGUGGAGAAGUGGUUCCUUGGUAGAAGAUAAUAGGGUGACUCAGCCAUCAGAUGGUCCCUUGGGUGUCCCCUGGACUCCCACAUGUUCUUACCCUGACCUCACUGCCAGCCUGGUUGGUGGGUAGGUUGUUUCUCCCCUGAACCUAUAAUUUCACUCUACUAUCUUUUAAAUAAUUUAUUCUGGGGUCUUGUGAAAGGCAGUUCAGUAUAGGAUUCAUGACCCAUCAGGUCAGGAAGCCCAGUGUUCUGGGCUAGAACUAAGAAGUGGAAUUAACACCUCAGAAGAAAAGGGUGGUGCUAAUAUUCUCCUGAGCCCAGAGUGCUUUUGCCUUUGAAUGGAGGAGUCUGAGAGUCCUUGGGGACCAGCUUAUCAGAGGGUCCCUUGGAGCAAGGGGUUGUAAGACCACCUGGCACAAAGAACCAGUGAGGACUUGGGUCAAAAGUGUUUAAGAAACUAAUAUUUAAGAAGCAGUUGAGAAAGAAGCAGAAAUAAAAGGCACCCAGAUUGGAAAGGAAGUAGACCUAUAUGCAGAUAAUAUGAUUUUUUACAUAGAAAAUCCUAAGGAAUCCACACAUGCACACACACACACACACACACACAACUCCUAUUAGAAUAACCUCAGCAAGGUUUCAGGCUAGAUCCAUAUACAAAAAUAUUUCUUUACACUAGGAAUGAAUAACAUGAAAUUAACAAGCAAUUCUGUUUGUAAUAUCAGCAGAAAUAGUAAAAUAGGAAUCAAUUUAGCAACAUUAUGACUUGUACCCUACAAACUACAACAUAGCAUUACAAAAAUAAAGAAGACUUAAACAAGGGAAAAGACACCCUGUGUUUAUGGAUUGGAGACGUAAUAUGGUUGGGAUGGCAGUACUAGCCAAAGUGAUGCACAGAUUCGGUGCGACCCCUACCACAAUCCCAGCUGUGUUCUUUGCAGAAAUUGACAAACUAAUCCUAAAAUAUGGAAAUGCAAAGAAUACAGAGUAGCCAAAUAAACCUUAAAAAUGGAGAAGGAAGUUGGUGCAUUCACCCUUCCUGAAUUCAAAACUUUUUAUACAAUGGCAGUAAUCAAAACAGAGUAGCACUGGCUUAAGGACAGACAUACAAGCCAAUGAAAAAGAAUAAAAAGCAUAACUGUGAAUCGUUACCUUUAUGGUCAGUUUAUUUAUUUAUUUUUCUUUUUCUGGAGGGGUUUUUGCUAUCGGGCAUGUG